AAUGGUGAUAUCGGCCGAACAUGAGCGUAAUGGCAUUGCGGACUUUUUCACGCAGGUUGAUCCUGAGGUGCGCAAAGUUACGCUAGCGAUUGGGAACAUCAUCUCGAAGAACUCCAUCAAAGAGAUCACGUUGGAAAAGUCUUUAAAUGUGAUGAUGGAACAUUGCCGUGAUGCUGGAACGUUACUGGCUAAAAAUAUCGUUAAAACAGAGUACCUCGUAAAAUACCUUCAAAGUUACAACAUUAACCUACCACAGGACAGCUCAAAGGCGAUACUGAUCGAACAUUGCCUGCAGCUCUGGAGACGCAAGUACGGUGGCUCCGCGGACGCAACAUCGUACGUGCCCACAUCUCACGACAUGCCGGGACCAUCGUCCGCUUCGUACGCAUUUCCAUCGACAUCCGCCGACUCGAGCUGUUCCAGCGGGACCACCCUACAAAACCACAUCGAUAACUAUAAUGCAUUGGCAGCCUCGUCGAAUGGGGCGUUCUUCAGUGAAAAUACCAAUGGACCCGGCGAUCCGGAGUCGGAUGCGGAUCCACCCGGGCUCGAGCAAUAUCCGGUCAAUCUGCUUGCGCUCGACUACACGGUGUGGUUCUUUCUCAAGUGGAACCGUAACUCGCUCGACGAAAGUGCCUUUUGGAACGAUGCCAACUGCACCGUAAUGCUGGAAAUCAGUGAAACACAGCAAGGCACUGAACAGGUGUGCGGCCCACAGGAUAUCAUCAAUCUGAUCCUAAGCCUUAAGUUCCAGUACAACUUUCAGCUGGUGCCGAAUAUUAUGUUUGAUGGGUGUCAGGGACGCAUAAUGGAGUCGGGCGUGCUGGCACUUUCGUGCGGCGUCGUGUACAACAGUCAGCCCGGUCCGGACAAUCGGUUCGUGUGCUUGGGGGAGUUUGAAACGCUCAUCGGUUUGCGGCGCGAUCCGAUGGAGAACAACAACUGGAAGAUACGGAUGCUGAAGCUGUACAUACGGUACAAGAAGGUGGACAAUCUGCCCGCGCUGGCAAACAGUAAAAUGCUCAACAACUGUCUUAUGAUUCCAUUAACGAUGGACAUCGUCUAGCCGUUCUGUUCCGAGCAAGUUUCACUUCUCAUGCUCAAUGACACCAUGUGCCUUUUUAGUUAGUGUUCGA